GCAUUUCGGCCACUUACCUGAAUUAAUUAAACUUACGUAAUAGUUUUAUAAAAAAAAAUGCAAUAAUUAAUUAUAAAAAUUGAUUACAAGGGAACAAAAACCCUACCCUAAGUUGGCAGCACUUUUUGUUACCGUCUUUCAAGAGCCGGGUUUUUACGCUUUUUAUUCCAAUAAUUGUGUAAUAAUGAGUGAAAAACAAUUGUCCACCGACGAGGCGGAGGUCUACGACCGCCAGAUUCGCUUGUGGGGCAUCGAGGCGCAGGAAAAGUUGAGAGCCGCCAAUGUUUUGUUGAUUGGGGUCCGCAGUUUGGGCUCCGAAAUCGCCAAAAACAUCCUGCUUUCGGGGAUCAACUCGUUGACCAUUCUGGACGACGGAGUUGUCUCGCAGGACGACGUGACUCGUAACUUUUUGUUACACGAAAAAGUGGCCCUCGGGAGCAAAAUCGCGGAACAGGUCCUGCCGAGGGCCCAGGCCUUGAAUCCGUUGGUGAAAAUUGUGGUUGACACGGGUUCAGUUGCGGCGAAAAGUGGGGACUAUUUCAAGGAGUUUACGAUUGUGGUUGCCACAAAGCUAAAGUUUGAGCUGAUUUUGAAAAUUGAUGGGUUCUGCAGGGAGCACAAUGUCAAGUUUAUUUACGGCGAAGUGGCCGGGUUUUUUGGGUAUUCGGUGUCGGAUUUCCAGGAUCAUGAAUAUUUCGAGGAUCGGAUCCAGCUUGCAACAGGCGCGAAACGGGGCCAUGAAGGGGACAAGAAAACGAAACGAAUUAAAGGCAAAUUGACUUAUCCUCCGUUAAAUAAAGUACUUGUGUUACCCAACACGAAACAAGACAUUGGGAGCAUUAAAAAAAUGUCAAGACCUAACAAGUUGUUCGUCUGCAUGUUAAUGUUACUGGAAUUUCGUAAGAGGUUCGAGCGUGACCCUGAUUUAGAAAAUAAAUCAGAUGAAAUUGAAGAACUGAGAGACAUCGCUACUGAAAUAAUAAAAUUGUAUCAAUUCACAAAAGUCAACGUUGAUAAUUUAUUAGAUCUGGUAUUCGGUGAAGUCAGUCCUGUUUGUGCUAUCCUUGGUGGGAUAAUGUCCCAAGAAGUGAUCAAAGCAGCCUCACACAAAGAAGUCACAAUCAAUAACAUUUUUCUUUUUGACCCUGUGACUUACAGCGGGAAGGAACUAACAGUAGGAGCAUAAUUUUUCAGUAUUGUAUUUUUUGUAAUAAAACACUAAUCCUA